UCUGUCGCUGGACGGAAAUAUUUCAGUCCUCUUUUAACAACGCACAAUGCGGCUUUGCAUGAUAUGUUUGGUGCUGCUCUGCGUGCCCCACGUUUCAAAUACGAAACCAUUUUUAGAUUUGUUUGGUAUCAUCCAUAACCACUUCGAGAAUAAGUUCUCAAAGCUGAAUGAAAUGAUCAAUGGUAACAGCAAUGCUAAGCCAGUACCGGAUAACACAAACCCCAAUUCCAAUACUAGUCCCGAUAAGGACGAUAAGAAGCAAUUCCUAGACACACUUGUUAAGCUUUGUAAAUCAGAAACAGGAAACGAAAAACCUUCCGGCUUUGACGUUGAUGUUGCCAAACAAGUCAUCAGUAAUUUAAAUACGAUCACCAACAACAUCAGCAUGCCGGAAAUUCAAUUACCACCGAUCACGGUUGUCAUCGUGAAGGACGAAGAGGCGCUGGCGAAAUACCAAAAGGAAUCUCAAAAUUCAAAGGACAGCAAGCCGGUCAUAAUUAUCAAACGUCCUAGCCCAAAGGCUUCUAAAGAUACCAAACCUGCCCCCAGAUCGGAGUUGAAAAAAAGCACUAAGAAAGGAUUGACUUCGGACGUUAAGAAGUGCGUCCUCAUGAAAAUCAAAGAACUUAAUAUAGUUAAAGUGUAACCGGACUUUCUAAAUUCAAUUUCGCAUACAGGUUAAAAUGUUUUUCAAUCAAUUAAAAUGGGAACAUUCCAUAUUGUAGGAAA